GUUAAAGAUGGCCUUCACCACCCAGAAUGAAAAAACCAGACUCGGCCACCUCCUCCCCGGUGGCAGUACCAGUGACCUGUGACCAAGAGCCAGGCACACAGGGCUCCUCCAUGGCUCACGACUAUUUAUGGUACCAGGGCAUUCCUUUCCCUGCCAUGGGUUACAACCCUGAAAUCAUAAAAGCAGCCCAUGAGAAGCUGGUGCUGAAGGAUGAGGACAUCAUCACGGUAACCUACCCCAAAUCAGGAACCAACUGGAUGAUUGAGAUCCUGUGUCUCAUUCACAGCAAGGGGGAGCCAGAGUGAAUCCGGUCUGUGCCCAUCUGGAAUCGAACCCUGUGUAUGGAGACUAAUCAUGGAUCUAAAAUAAUAUAAGACAUGAAGGUGGGGCCCAGCCUCCUCUCCUCUCACCU